GUGAAGGUAGGAGGAGUGCAGCUCUGCGGAAGAAGGGAGGGACGGAGGGUAAGAGGGAGUCUCGAAACAGCGCAGGCUAGCAGACGCUGUCCUCUUCAAACAGAUAAGGCGGACUAACCCGAAGGCUGCAGCCCUCUCUCCCUCCUGUCCACGCAGAAGUGAACGCAUCAUCAUCAAGCACAAGAGAACACAUGCUGUAGCGGCCUAACACAACCGGGACUGCAGAUAGAUUACAUGCGUCAUUCUUUGUAGCUUUGUCAAGAACUGAAAUCAAAGUGCAUCAUGGAUUUUGUAAUGAAGCAAGCACUGGGAGGGGCCACCAAAGACAUGGGGAAAAUGUUAGGUGGAGAAGAAGAAAAAGACCCAGAUGCCCAGAAGAAAGAGGAGGAGAGGCAGGAGGCACUGCGGCAACAAGAGGAGGAGAGGAAGGCUAAGCAUGCUCGCAUGGAGGCCGAGAGAGAAAAGGUCAGACAGAACAUCAGAGAUAAGUAUGGACUGAAGAAGAAGGAGGAGAAGGAGGCUGAGGAGAAAGCAGCUAUGGAGCAAGCCUGUGAAGGCUCACUAACUCGCCCAAAAAAGGCUAUUCCUGCAGGGUGCGGGGACGAUGACGACGAAGAUGAGGAGAGCAUUUUAGAUACAGUCCUGAAAUUCUUGCCUGGACCUCUUCAGGACAUGUUUAAAAAGUAAUGGACAUGAGACUGUAUUUGGGGGCUGCUGGGAGGGUUUCUUUUGGAGGAAGAUAUGUAGUUUGUGACUGGGGAUAGUGGGAAUCUUGCCAAACUGUGGAAGGCUUUUCACUGCCUCAACAAAGUCUUAGUUGUUAUUUCUACUGAUAAAAACAAUUCAUUCCCCUACAAAAUCUUGUCACUGCCAUUCAGGUUCAAAUUGUUUAUAUGUGAAAGAUUUUUCUAUUGGUUAAUUUAUAUGCACAACCAUGGCCUCAUACUCUGCAAACUGUGAGCCAUCGGGUUUCAUUAUAAAGGAUACAACAGGAAUACAUUCCAUGAAUUCGAGAACUCUGGCACUGGAAUGAGGUGUGUAUGUACUGUAUGUGUGUGUGUGUUUGUGUGUGUGUGUGUGUGUGUGUGUGUGUGUGUGUGUGUGUGUGUGUGUGUGUGUGUGUGUGUGUGUGUGUGUUUAGCUAGCUUCUUCCCAGUCUCAACGCUUGCAGUUAAAGCUAACAGGGCAAUUUAAGUAACAGCAAUUUAAGCAUGAUGCCUUCUGAUGACUUUCUACACAUUUGAAUUAUUUUUUAAACUUUUUUGUUUUUUGUAUAGAAACUUUAGGUCUUGAAUGAUUAUGGACAACAUGUUAUAUGUGGGCAAUUGUUUAGGUUUGGUGUUUCCAUGCUUAGACCUAAGAGCGAACAUGAUUGUGUGCCAUUCUAGACAUUCUGAAUGCUCAUUGUCUAGUUGUCAUUUCUUGGACACUCUCCUUCCUUUUUUUAAAACAGUCUUUUAAUCGGUGAGAGAUGUAAUAGUCAUUGUUUAAUGUUUGAAAGAGAAGUAAUAUGCACAUUACUCCUGCCAGCAUGAGUAUACUGUAGGAAAGGAAAGCAUGUUUAGGUUUGCACUGGGGAAAAAUGUAAAGAAAAACACUGCCACAUUUAAGCCAACAAAUUACUUCAGUGACCAAAAUUUUUUCUAUAAAUAAAAACUUGCAGAAUAUAAAAUAACACAUAAACCUAUUAUACUUGUAUUUGUAAUCCAGCCUGGAAAAGUACUGCACUGAUUGGAGCUUGAUUUUCUGGAAGAAAAUUGAUUUGUUUGGAGGUAACAAUUUUGCCCCUAAGGACAAUCAGAUACAACCAUUAUAGUGCAGUAAUAUGGUAUCAAUAUCAAAACUUUAAACAUGUAACGUGAAAUAACCCUGCUAGUUAAUGUGCAUCCAUUUGAAAACAGAAAUGUUUCUCCACUGAAGCCUAGGUCAGACUCAAAAUUUGCAUUCAAAAACAAUAAACCAAAGAUAGAUUUGGAAAAUCUAAAUUUCUAUAAACAAAUCUAGAUUCUAGACAGAUCUGUUUUUUUAUUUCUGGCCUCCAAAUAAAAAAAAAGGAAGAAUCAGUGGAAAUACAAUUUAAAUUCACACUCUAGCUCCAUGACAACUUUACUGUCUAAUACUGCCAAGAUCUUAUGCUACGUAAUUUUGAUUUCCAUAUCUCCGUAGAUAAAUAGCUAUCGAUCUGUGUAACCAUAGCUCUAGUUAUAGCUAUAGCCAUCUACGUUAGGAGAUAAUUUUGUAAACAUUUGAACUACUGUGUCAUUUAUAACAUAAAA